AUGAUACGCCACCCAAAGAAGCUGACGGACUGUCCGGAAAAUCUCCGGGAGUCCAUCGACUGGUUGAUCCAGGUUAAGCAUGGGAAUGGUGGUGAUGGUAAAGGGCUUGAGGAGUUGGCCAAAGCUUUGAAAAAGUUGAUUGGUGAUGCAAUUAACAAUGCAACUGAGAGUCUUGAAAAGAGGAAAAAGGAACUUGAGUGCCCUAAAAAAUAUAAGGGAAAUGAAUCUAAUUGUCAGUAUAUUGGUAGGUUAAUAAAGCAAGCUGAAGAGUCUAAAAAUUCUGGUCAACCUGAAAAUCCUAAUAAAAAGCUUUAUGAAGGCUAUAUGAAAGAUUGUAAAGUCAAUUAUCACAAUGACAGUUAUUAUGAUGAUUCUACAAAGAAGGCGUUGAAGGAUAUUGAGAAAAGGCAAAAGACACUUAAGGAGCUUAAAGAAAAACUCGAGAAAUUUAUUGGCACAAAAGAUGGUGAGAAUCCUGCAACAAAAAUUUUAGAAAAUCUUUGCGAUGGUCUCCAAACAUUCUUAGGGUAUAAUGCAAUUUCUAAAGGCUACGACGGCUCCGGCAUCGUGUACUCGGACCUCGACAGGCUGUGCGACGGGGUGAUGUCUUUCCUUCAUGGAGUUUUAAGUGGAGUGAAAGAUGAUGAUAACGUUAUAACAUACAAUAAUUACAUUAAAUCAUCAAAUAAUAAUGAUGAUUUACAUACUGUCCUUCAACAUCUCCACUCUUCCAUUGGCCAGGGACGCAGUGUAUUUGGUCCGCAGGUCACUGCGGUGAGUGCGUGGCUUGGGAGGUAUGAAGGUGAGUUGGGGAGGAAGACUAGAGAAGUUACUUCACAAUUAGCAAGUUUAAAAGAUAGUACUAUAGAGGGACAAAAAAGUAAGAUAAGGAGCACUGAUAAGCUUCCCGCCCAGUUAACCGCCUGGACCCAGGCGGUGGAUGCUAUUGAUACAGCGGUAAAAGGCAUUGAAAGGGAGCAACUUGGCGCCUUGGAUCUCACGCUGAAAGAAAGGAUAGAGAGAGAAAUGAAGCCUAUAAAAAUCGUUGUGGAUCAGUUGAAAAAAUCCGCAGAAAAUAAGGAUCUUCAGGAGUUGAAUAACGCUGCGGGAGAGGAGUUGGAGAAAUUGAGGGGGAGUGUGGAGAAUAAGGUUACUGGACGUAUUAUUACGCUUAGGAAUGCAUUGCAAGAUAAUUUCAGGGAUGAAAUUCAAGAGCCUAUUAAGCAGGUGAAAGAGAAGUUGGAUAUUAAAGUUGAGGAGUUGACUAACUGGAUUAAGGCAGCCGAGGAUGCCGUUAGCAAGGCAAAGCAGCAGUGUGAUGAGAUAGUCAAGAAGUUGCAGGGUAAAGCGGUGUCAAAUGAGGAAAGAGAAGCGAUUACCAGGGCGGCACAAGCUUUGAAACAGAGGGCUGACGAUCUCCGGGCCAAGGCGUACAAGGCUAAGGGUGAGUUGACUACUCAGGUAAAAUCGGCGCUUGCGCAGGUUAUAGUUAUGGACAGGGCGGUUAAGUAUAGUUUGGUGCAAGUGAAAGAGAGACUUCAGAGUGUUAUUGGGCAGUAUGUUAAGGAUUAUGUUGAGGAAGUGCAAAAGAAGGUUAAGGCAAUAAAGGGGGAGACAGGAAAAGAAGGCCUCUCAGGGAUUAGGAGGAAAGUGAUGGAGUAUGCUGCUAGGUUUAAAACCGAUGGAACAGGUGACGGUUCGUUUGGAGAUAUAGUACAGGGGUGGUUGGAACAAAUUUUGCAUAGCAGACCUGUGAUUGAAAGGGUUGGGGAGUUUGCUACUGGAAGAAAACUUGCGGAUACCGCAGAAAUCUUCACAUAUGGGGAACGUGGCAUUACGGGGCUUGCGUCAAACAUUGUUGGUGAGCUUAAAAGUGAAAUUCAGGAAGCCAUUAAGGCGUUCGAACAACAUAUCGAAGGUCUCGGUACGGUCACAGAGAGCGAGAUUGAAAAGCACGUGGACGCUGUUCAGCAGGCUUGCAAUAAAUUUGCGCAGGAGGUUGACCAACGGAUGAAUACCGGGUCCACGAGUAAUAUUGAGGGUGUGAUAAAUAGCGCAGUUAGGACAUCAAGUACCAAGAAAACCUUUCUUCUUGAAUCCAUUACCAAACUCAUUCUUACCGUACUUUCCACUAGUGCCAGACAGGUUAGUACGGAGCUUUAUUCGUUCACUGACGAUGACGAUGGGGAUUACAACCUCGGCAAGAACGUUAACGCCGCGCUCAAAGUAGCUACUGAGCUCGACGGUGCUUUCACCGAGGCAAUUAAAACACUCGACCCCGACGAAUACUCCGGAGCUACUACCUUCAUCCCCGGCUCCGGUCAGGUUGAGCUUGACGCCAAUAUCCAAAAGACGAUUAGCGAGGCACUGGAAAAGCAGAUUGGGAAGGAGGAUUCAUUCGGAGUUCAGGAAAAAUUUGCGCUUUCACAUCACUUCAUCACAUACAAAAAACUGGUGGAUGCGUCCAAUUUAACAGGCGGCCAGCUAAUCGGCGACUCAACCGAAGGCACUUUUCCCCCGGUGAUCAAGAAAAUUGAAAAGGAGGUGAAUGAAAAUGCCGAACAUUUGGAAAAUGUCGAAGACGGUGGAGAUGGUAAAGAUCCAAUUAAGUUCAACAAAGAAACCUUCACGACUAUGCUUGAAUCUGUCAAGUCCUGUCUCGAACAAUUCACGCAAGCCGUCGAGAAGCUUGUCAAAGAUUCACCCGAGAAGAACAGUGUCCACGCCUACCUGGAGGAUUUGACCAACAUGCUUUCCGAGGGAGCAGACUAUAAACUUAACUCCGCUUUAGAUACAUCUCACACAGUCCAAGGCCUGCAGAAAAUCAAGGACGAACUCAAUAAAAUCAUUACUAACGGCAGUAACACUGACUCUACCACCGUAGAAGGCAUCAUAAAGAAGGCUGUUGAAUUCCAGGUCACAAUCAACAAUGAGGCUGACAAAGCCUUCAAAGAUAUCAAGCAACACCUCCAACAACAAGUUGAGUCUGCAACCACCAUAGUUACAAAAAAAGCGCAGGAGCUCUACGCCAACCGCAAACAAAAGGAGCUCGAUGCCCUGAAGAAGAUUGUGGAGACACAAAAAACUGAGAUCCAGAAAAUAAUAAAACAUGACACAGAGAAUGGGCUGAAAGGGCUGAUAAACAGCAUGAAAAAACAUGAAACUUGGCUUACUGAUAUUAAGACACAUCUAGAUUCCACAACGCCGAAUCUUGGGCCAAUUAAGGACAAUGGUACGAAACUCCAAGAAUCUACAAAGGCUUUAAAGGAGUAUCUGAAUGCACUUUUAAAGUAUAUCCGAGGGCAGGUGAGGACUGCGGAACAACCCACCGAGCAGUCCAGACAUGUUUCCGAAUUUCAAGACAAACUGGACAAUCUACUUAGCCACAUUCAGCACAAAAAGCACUUUGAUCACAUCUUUAGAAAAUACCUAGAUGAUUUAAAUGAAUCACUUAACGCCCUCUCCCCCUCCAACUUCCACGGCUUCCACAAUCCGCUGCUCCUCGACGCCCUCAGCGCCGGCAUGAAAAAAUUCACCGAGCAACUCUCCCGCGCGUACGUCAACAGGUACAGUGGGAAAAUCCCUACUGAGAAGUGGGUGAUGCAAGAGCAAAAACUUAUUGACGGCACCAGUAAAAAUGUUACCGUCCUUUCCACCGAGGGCCGCAACUGCGCCAAGGUCUGCCUGACCAUACUGGAGAGGGUGUCUUAUGAUCUUCGGAUAUUAAGAGGCGCAUGUCAGAGUGGAAAGAACGCCAAUAGCAAACAAAUUCGUUUGCAUGAUCCAGAUCGGAAAAAUCAGAAAGUCAAAAACGACCUAGGACACUGGUUCAGUGACCGAGGCUUCAGUGUCUCCGAGUUUGACAAGCAAGAUGGUGAAUUAAGGAAUAAUUCCCAGUGCAUUGGUAAUUAUAUUCGCAACAAUCUCCUCCUCAAAAAACACAUUUCGGAUCUAAAGAAGGAGCCAUAUUAUCUUGUUAAAGAUGAAGAUGCCGACAAGGAGAAGAAGGAUCAACAUGGUGUCGUUAAGACCCUUGUCACCUACUUCAGAACAUACUACAGUGUCUGUCACUUAGAACACAUUCCAUCAGCUAAAGCACCAAGUAACAUCUACCAAAUGCUUCAUUGGAUGCUCGGAUUAUACUAUAAUCCGAUGCGCGAUCCACUUUACACAUUUACCAAAGAAUUGUUCGAAAAGCCUAAACAUCUUAAAGAUAGAAAAUAUUCCGAAAUUGAGGAAAAGGACCUCAGUCUAGAUGCUACCACAAAAAUUACACCUAAUACAUUAAAAGACACACUUCGAGAAGUCUGUCUCUACUCCGAAGAUGUGUUAAUAGCCUUGCAGGGUCACGGUCACGCCGAAGGGCGUUACGCCUGUGACUUCUACACCAACGCAGAUAAAUUAUUGUAUCCUACUAGCGGUGGUGCCUGCUUUGAUAUGCUGGUAGAUAUAUCUUUCCGAGUCUAUAAUCAACUCCGUUUCGUAUAUAAACAGUGUAACAACGGGCCUAAGAGCGGUGGUUGGAAUGACUGUUGGUACGGUCAGGGAGUUGCCGGGUCCAACUGGCAGUGCAACACUGACCAAUGUCCUAACCAAUUAGGGAACCAACCAUGUAACCAAAAGUGUGACCAAACGGGUGACAAACACCCUAAGUGCGGUGUCAAAUCGCCACUCCAAUCAUACUUGGAAGACGGCCUUCCCGGUUUUCUACCGCACACAUUUACAUCUCCAGGUUGUAAGUUAACCUGUACAGUGUCCAACCACUUUGGCAAACGGUGCCUCACUCCCAUGGGUUUUGCAGAUAUUGGUAUUGCGGCAUCGCACACUAAAAACGGCACGUAUCUCAAGGAAGCCCUUUUCCAUUUAUGCGAUAGGCCUGACUCUCACCUCAGAAAUCUAUGUAACAUGGUCAACUGUCUACUGCCUAGUGCACCGAAAACACUGGGUGAUGUGUUUGCCUUUUAUCAUAAAUUCCUUGAGAAUUGGAGUAAGAAUGGUGAGCAUAAAAAACAGGCGUUUGACGACGCGGUCAACAAGGCCUAUUUCAAAGCUUUGUACACAAAAUUAGACCCAUCUACUAUUCUUAAUUCCAGCACUCAUGAGACCAACGGCAAUAACAAUCAUGAAACUGGCGACCUGUUCACCCUUAUUAACUGCAACCCUUCGAAGACCGGAACUGUGCCCUGCGCCCAGUACCUUCAGUCCCUCACAUCAGACAUCCGCCGAACAUUCUCAGAUAAGCGCUCUGGAAUAUAUCUCUCGUGGAUUGUCUACACGACUGAGACGUUCUACGAUCUACUCAAAAAGUUAUAUGACGAGUGUUGUAAAAAAUGUGACACUGAGGGUUCCAGAUGUUAUGACAAGUGCUGUACUGAGAACUGCGAGGUGUCCGACAUUUAUAGUCAAUCCGAAAAACAAGCUGCAAUACAGGACGCUAAACACAAUAAAACAUGUAACUCUAUUGUGAAAUGCCAGAAUAUGCACCCAACUCUCUACACAUACGGAUUCACAUUCGGUAGUCCGCAUGAACUGAGUGGAUCAUAUGACCAAAAAACCAGGCGCACAUGUAGAGAUUUCUGUGAAGCGUUGAAGAAAGUCAUUGGUGAAGGAUGCGUGCUUGUCAAACUCAUCGAAGACAUCGAUGAGUUCAUUUGGGCCAUAAGAGAGAAAUUCUCCUACCUGUUGUUAGCCCUCUGGUCGCUCUCGCUCCUGUACCUGCUGCACAUCACCGUCGUCCGCCUAGACGUCCUGAGGAUCCGCUCCCACCUGCGCUCGCCCUCAUCGCACCGCAUCGCCGCGCAGUCGCUCCUCGCCGCCGCACGCGUCAAAGCACUCGCCAACAUCAAGUACUUCUCAACGUGA